AUGUAUAACAUCAAAAACUUCCACUACAUCUACUUUGUCACAAUUUUAACUCCUGUGAACUUUUGGUCACACUUUGUGUACUUUGUCACAUUCUCCCAUACAGCCAAGAUUGAAGUUUCUGCCAGUGCACCUGCCCAAGUCAUUGUCAAGUGUUUGUGGUUGCAUUUGCAGUUGGAAGUGAGUGUGUGGAUCCUCGCUCGAGCUCGGGCCAUGCUGACCCAAGUCGUUGCCUACCAUUUGCAGGACGAUGUGAGUCUGUCGAUUCUCAUUGGAUCUCGGGCCAUCCUGACCCAAGUUGUUGCCCAUCGUUCGCAGGAUGUGAGUCCAUCAAUUCUCAUUGGAUCUCGGGCCAUCCUGACCCAAGUCGUUGCCCAUCAUUUGCAGGAUGCCAUCCUGACCCAAGUCGUUGCCCAUCGUUUGCAGGAUGUGAGUCCGUCGAUUCUCAUUGGAUCUCGGGCCAUCCUGACCCAAGUCGUUGCCCACCGUUCUCAUCUUCGGCAACAAUGGUUCCAGUUCAUGUUUUUAUCAAGCCUUUUUGCCCUCGAUAUGACACGACAAAUUCUAAUUCCCACCAGCACGACCCACCAGUCUCCGCAAGUAAUGUCUCCAGCUCCGAGUUGUUUGGACGAUCCCUUCCUCUCCUUGUCGAAUUUCACCAUCUCUCAAAACUCUCUGCUGUCUUUCGACAAGUCUUUCAUUGUGUUGUGCUGUGCUCGCGUUCUACUCGAGCCGAGCCGAACCAUAAUUACGCAAGCUGUAACCACCUGUCGGAUAACACGGAAACACAGAUUCAGAUACUACUAG